CUGUCGCUCUCCAUCAGCCUCUCUUUGCUCUCUGUUUCCGUGCCUGGAGAGCAUUUUCCAUUGAUCAAUCUCAGUCUUUUUUAUUUUUUGGACUCGUGCGAGCUAUUUAAAGUAGGCAUUUUUUAACAUACACAUUUUAUACUGCUGUAUGUGUCUGUCAUAUCCACUUUAGAGUUUAGAUAUAAGCCUAUUGUACUUACUGUGUUACUGCGAUCCAAACACACUUCUGAUGUUGUGACGUAACAGUGCAACAUUACUUCACCAAACCAUUCAGAUUACCGUUACUGUAAAUUCUGUGGCAUGAGACAAGGACUAAGUAAAAAGAAAGAGUUAUUAGACUGAAAAGAUGCAGAGAGGGUGAGGAGAGGAUGCAGCUUCCACUGAAGUUUUUCGUGCGUGCUGGUGAGCGCGCGAGGAGCAGAGCGCGCGGAGAGCGCCCACGCAACACUUCCACGCGCUGCAAAUCUUCUUAAAUGCGACGCAUCCUCAAUCAGGAGACGCUUUAUCUUCUGAACAGGAAAAGUUUUACAUAAAUUAAAUAGAAACUGAAAAGAAAUAACGCUCAUUUGGACUACACUGUGAUGACAAGUUGUGCACGAGCCGCAGAUUUCUGCUGACCGAAAGGGCAAAGAAGACACGGGAUGAUCUAUGCACUUCAUUUACUGCCAGCACUGGAGUUAACAGAGACUGUGAUGUCAUCAAUGCAAAAACCGCAGAUUCAAAUAAUAAGGAACGUGAUGGGGCCCUGACAAACUAUUCUUGAGUUGUAUUUGCUGUGGAUAUAUUCUAGCACAAAUAUUUGAAGAUGAAACUUUGUCACCUCUCACUUUAGAAAUUUUCUUUUUCUUUUGAGUGUUAUGUUUUCUAAUUUCAUCCUUGAAUAAGUUCUUGUUUCAAGUGGACUCAAGUGGAAGUUUUUAAAAAUUCUCUUUCACAUUCAUUAAGCCUCGAACUACAGGUUCCUAAAAGGUGUAUGAAAAGGAACAUUUCACCAGUUGCAUGUGUUUUGUUGAUGACCAAACUGGACUUGGACUCUGAAGAAGAUCUCAAAGCAUCGCCUAGCUUUUUUAAGCUUUUGGAGAGAUCAAAGUGAACCAACAAGUCAUAAUUCAAUUCACUCUAAACCUCUUACUAUUGUUAUAUGUGCACUAUAGUAAUUCAGUUAUAGAACUUCAAUCAAGAGUUUUUCUAGAGCAAAAUUACGCUUUCUUUUGGAGAACUGGGCUCUUGGUGUUUGGAGACUGGAGAUGGAAACAUGACUGUAACAGAAUGUCACUGUUUGACUGUUUAAAUUGUUCUGAUGUCUAAUAUGAUUGAGAAAUGGACUUGUUCUGUUCCAGAGUUAUAUUUGCACAAUAUUGAAGGCAAAGAGGUCCCAUUUGUGAAGUAUUAAGAAAUGUUGACUAGUUUUCAUAUUAAUUGCAUGUCUCUCUUGUGUCUUUAAACGUCUCACCAUUUAAAUAAGGAAAGCUGAAGAGGUCCCAAAGGGAAAGAUUGGUCUGUAUAUGCACGUUGUUAUUUAUUACACACAUAUGUUUUAGACAGUUUAGUGCAUGUUCUUUUCAGUUUCCCUCUAUAUGUGAGGCUUGUUUAUGCCUUUCCUUCAUGUUAUGUAAGUUCAGUUUUCCUUCAUCCUUCUGCUCUGCCUGAGCAUCGCCUUGUUUGUUUGUUUGUGCCUUUUAGUUGCUCACUUUCUUAUGAAACUGCUAUAUGUUACGCAUAGACCUACAGCAGCACGGUUUUCCUCUGUCUAGUCUCUGCCCACCUCCUAAACUUAGCAAAACUACUGCCAAAGCUGAGAAACUGCAUUGAAACUGGAUUUUUUAUUUUUCUUCAUUCACUGCAUCUAACAACUUUGGAACUUUGCGUUCAGUGCAAUAGUCCAGGAAUACCGGUUUAUUACUAGCAGACAGUGGACGGACCACUCAAGUGGAGACUCUUUGAUGAUGUCAGAGAUGAUCUCUAAUGCGAUUGUGUUCCGACUCUGGGCAACGAUUGGCUGCCGGGAUCUGAAUGAUUAUACGGUCUCCUUCAAGCCAUAAGCCUCACUGUAGAAUACAGUCUACAAUUCAUAGUUUGGAUAUAUAUCAUUGCCUCUGUAUAUUGACCCUGGAUUUAGCUGGCAAGGCUUCAAUUUUCCUGAACAUUUAGCAAUCACCUUGCUGUCACCAAUAAUGGGGGCUGCUCGGGUAAAGAGGCGCUUCAGUGCGGUUGUGGACACCCCGCUGGAUGAGGAGGAAGUCAUGAGGCUUGCACAGUGUGACGAUGUCACUUCCUCCCAGUCGGGCACACUUCCGUCACCCAACUGUAAUGGCAAAGUGCUCAACCAUCACCAUAGCAAUGGAGGAAGGAGCGGAGAGAGGGAUGAGGAUGAUGAUGAUGCAGAGGAUGACGAUAAUGAUGAAGAAGGGGGAGGGAGGAGGGGAGGAGGAGGAGGGCGUGGCCCGGCGCUCAGGGGGGAGUCUGGGGCAGAAGGGAGGUGGGAGAGGAGCAAGAGAAAGUCCUCGUCUGCCCUCUCGGCCUUGCCACCCCACGAACGCCGCAGCCAGUCCCGCCGGCCCCGACGGCGCUUUGUAGGCAAGGACGGGCGCUGCAACGUCACCUUCGUCAACAUGAGCGAAAGGGGCCAGCGCUACCUCACCGACCUCUUCACCACCUGCGUGGACAUCCGCUGGCGCUGGAUGCUCGUGGUGUUCACCCUCUCCUUCUUGCUCUCCUGGCUUCUCUUUGGUUUCACGUUCUGGCUCAUCGCCGCCGCUCAUGGGGAUCUGGUGCCCCUGGCAUCAUCUUCCUCAUCAACUCCUUUAUCUGUUUCCUCCUCGCUGGCUCCUCUGGAACCCGUAGGGGAUUCCGGUCGAGCGGAGAUGGUGGCAGAGACAGAGGAACGCUGCUUUCAGCAGGUGAACAGUUUCAUGGCGGCGUUCCUCUUCUCUCUGGAGACGCAGACGUCUAUAGGAUAUGGCUUCCGGAGCGUUACCGAGGCCUGCCCCCUGGCGGUGCUGGCUGUCGUGUUGCAGUGCAUUGUGGGCUGCAUCAUCGACGCUUUCAUCAUUGGGGCGGUAAUGGCUAAGAUCGCCAAGCCCAAGAAGCGCAAUGAGACACUGGUGUUCUCGGAUGUGGCUGUGGUGGCCAUGAGGGACGGGAAACUCUGCAUGAUGUGGCGAGUGGGAAACUUGCGCAAGAGCCACCUGGUGGAGGCCCAUGUACGAGCACAGAUACUGAAGCCACGGGUGACCCCUGAGGGUGAGUUCCUGCCACUGGACAAUGCAGACCUCAAUGUCGGCUUUGACACAGGAACAGAUCGCAUCUUUUUGGUGUCACCUGUGACAAUUGUGCAUGAAAUUAAUGAGGAGAGCCCUUUCUUUGAGGUGGACAAACAUACACUAGAGGAAGACAAAGAUAUGGAAGUGGUGGUGAUUCUGGAGGGCAUGGUGGAGGCCACUGCAAUGACAACCCAAUGCCGGUCUUCAUACCUGGCCUCUGAGAUCCUCUGGGGUCACCGCUUUGAACCUGUGCUCUAUGAAAGGAAGAACUGCUACCAGGUGGACUACUCAUACUUCAACAGGACUUACGAGGUUCCGGACACGCCCACCUGCAGCGCUAAAGAGUUAGCCGAGAACAAGUACAUCUUGGGCUCCCGUUCCUCCUUCUGUUACGAGAACGAGGUGGCUCUGCAGCUCUCCCCCUCUGUCCCUCCCUGCCCUGACCAGUUCUCUCCAUCCCCCUGUUGUUCCCCCUCUCUCGUUCGGCCCACACAACCAUCUCUACAAGACUCCUGCAGUGAGCACCCACACAUACACUGAGCCAUGCGGCUGGGAUGAAAGGGCACAAGGGAAAGCAGCGGUCAAAGAAAGAAAGGGAGAUAGAUAGAGAAAGAAAGAGAAAGGGUCAGGAUGGAGGGAGGAGUUCGGGAGAAAGAGGGCUGGAGAGUAAGACUUGGACAGGGGACUAUGGCAAAGAGGGCCGUAAAGGGACAAUGUAGGACUGAUUAAUGACAAUAGGUCAUGCAUAGGAUGGGCUGAGAGAAGACAGAAUGCACAAAAGAUGGAGAAUAGAAGAGGGAAAGGGGCCUCUCACAGCCUUGGAGAAGAGAACGAAAGAGCAAGAUAGCAAGACAGUGGGGUGAAUUCACUAAUACAUUGAACUAGUGCAAUAUUUCUGCAUGUGUCUUCUUCACUAACCCCUGUAAUCCUGUUUUAUCAGACGCUAUCAAAGUAUCUUUCAAAGUAAGUCAAUUCAGGUGGCCAUCUUGGAAACAGCUAUUUUAGUCAUACAUAGGUCCUAUCAAAUUGGGUAGGGAGACACUGAAGUCAUACAAAUUAAAUAACAUUUUAAAAUUAUCAAUAUAUUGAAUGAUACAUGAAUGAUAAAAAACUGUAGUGAGAUGUAUUUAAAAUGUAGAAAGUUAGAAAGUGUGAGAAUAGUUCGCAAGAGAGCAAAUCUGAUGCAACUGCCUUGUUCAUUGUUGAAUAACGUCAUUAUUUUUGUUUUCUUUGUGCACUAAAAAUUCUUCUCGUAACUUCAUAAAAUUAAGGCUACAUUAACUAUUUUUUCAAUGUCCUAUGUUUCAAAAAUGUCAACACAUGAGUGUUUAAAAGCUGUCAGAUGCCUGCUUUUAAAUGCUCUCAUGUUCCUCUGUGUGAGUGCUCGGUGAAGAGCAUGAAGAGAUGAUCAUUGUAGCCAAUCACAGUUAUGUCUGUGGAGCGCGUGAACACAUUGGCCAAAACAGCAGUGUUUCAGAAUUGGCUCAAAAGCACUCAAAUGUUAGCGGGAAAUGUACGUUUUUAAAAUUUCAAUUCCGACUAAUACUGAAGUCGGUACUUAUGACAACACUUGAACAUGUCAGUUGCAUUGCUGUCUAAGCAGGGUCAGAAAGCUUUCAGAUUUCAACAAAAAUAUCUUAAUUUAUGUUCCGAAGAUGAAUGAAGGUCUCAAUGCCCAAUAAUAACGAUAACUAAAGAUAACGAUAAAAGAUAUAGUUCUAAAAAUCGUUCUAAAAAGAAUAGCAGAGUCCACACCGCAGCAAUAACGAUGAAUGCACAGAGAAACGAUAUCGGUGGAAUCACUUUCAAAACGAUUUUUUCAAGCUGAUGAACAAUAAAAACAUUGACAGCCAAUCAGAAUCCAUCCUGUUUUAAAGAGCUCAAGAAUUUAAAGCAGCAGACGAGCGUAUGUGCGCUGAGAAUAAACAGACGAUAUCGUUCGCUAGUGUGAAUGCUACUAUCUUUAUCUUUAUACUGUUGUUAUCUUUAUAGUUAUUGAUUUUGGUGUGAAUGCGGCUUAACAGGUUUUGAACCACAUAAUGAGUAAUUAAUUACACAUGAGUAAUUAAUGACAGAAUUUAAAUUUUUGGGGUAAACUAUCCCUUUAAGGACGACAGAUCCAGAAGUUAAAAAAAUUUGGGGGGAUGUGGAUCUUUAUAUACUAGAGACGCCAUAUUGGACAUUUCGUCAUUCUGUUCGGCCUGUUUCUGUUGCAAUCUUAACUGGUUCAGCAGUGCAGUACUUAAAUGAACUCAUUGACACUUCAUUCAUCUUUAAUGAAUUCCCCCUGAAAAGUAGGAGCUUUGUAGGGAAAGAGCUUUCAGAUGGGUUUCAGAAAGGACAAAGGUAAUGUUUAAGUCAGAGUGCAGAGGAAGGUAGCAGUAACACAGGAGAUUCAGGUCGGUCACACUGAAAUGAGAUCAAAGACUGUGGAGUGGGGGAAUAUAGAGGAAUUGAUGGAGAAGGUCAUUUUGACAUGAGGAGAGCUGCAACACCGACCCAGUGUGCUGAUUGAACCUGGCGAUCUUCUAGAAUCGACAUGAGCUGCGGUGGCUCCAGCAUGUGUACCUGAUCAAGACACAACAGUGGCCUCUAGGGGCCGCAACCAGUAUGAGUGAUUUCACAAUUAAACAAUUGGAAGGAAAUACCUAUUGGAAAUAACUUCUUAUGACAAUAUCAUACACUAGUAAGAAAAAAACCAAGAAAAAAAGUCCUCUCUCAAAAAUCAAAUUACUUGUUGCGAGAGCUUUUGUGUCUUACUGAAUGUGGGAAUGCCUGCUAGAGUCACUGCAAAAUAGGAAACUACUGAAAAUCUGCAGCAUUUUCAAGUUGUUUCUCUUAUGUACUGUAUAUUUUUUUUCUAUUUAUUCAAGUUAAUGCAUUUUUGUAUCAUAAUACACAUAGAAGAUUAUGUGAAGCACUUUCAGAGUAAUUUGUAAUAAUGUAACAUAUUUGUCACAAUUGCACAGACCAAAAAAGAAUUAGCUGAUAGUAUAUAUGGGUAUAUUUAUAUUUUGGAUUGUUGACUUUAAUUUUUUCUUUCUUUCAGUGUGUCAUAACUGUGUAGUAGUAACUGGUAAAUUUAGUAAAUGGCUUAUUACAGUUUGUAGUAUUGUUAUGUAAUGACUGGGGCAUUAUUAUUAUUUUUUCUGGCUUCCAUUCAUUCUUAAACAACCACACAAACAUUCUGACCUAAAGCAUGUUGCUGGACAGGUUUCUUCUUGUGUGUUUUUGUAAUUCGUUUGCCGGCGGUGUGCCUUUGAAAGUGAAGCCUGCUUGUUUUGAGGUUUUAGGGAGUAAUGGAGAAAUGUAGGUUGUAUUAUGCUGAUGUUACAGGCACAGAUGGAACCUGUAGACAUUUUCCAUGCUUAUCUUUUGAGAAAAAUCUAUUUGAGUCUAUAUAUGAAUAUGGUCAAAUGUGUUACAUAGAGCUGAGACACUUGCCAAGUUUUCGUCCAAGUAUUUUUUGCUAAAAUAGAUUUAAUGAUCAUUUAAAUGAAGGGAAAAAGGCAAACAUUGAAUCAAUGUCUCUUUGCAAAUGACAAAUUAUUAUCAUUAUUUUGUAUUUAUUUAUUUUGCUUAUGCAACUGUUUCAUCAUCA